CCGCUGGCCCCCUCUCUCCCUUUCUCUUUCUUUGCUCUCAAUGCAGGCUUAAGCGUCAGUUACCAAAACGUGGGGACAUUUCCUGCGGCCGUCGCAACACUGAGAAGUUGUGUUAAAGGAGACUGGGCCCCAUUCGGAGCUCCAGGCUGGGAAAGUGAAGGCUGGGGGCAGCUCUGCUGCACGGGAGACACCUGCUCGCCCUCUCCCGCCUCCAGGCAGCGCUCAGGGCCUCCUGGUUUCACCCCACCAUGUCCCUGGCUGAGGCCAUCAGACUCUGGAAUGAAGGGGUGCUAGCAGCCGACAAGAAGGACUGGAAGGGAGCCCUGGACGCCUUCUCCGCGGUCCAGGACCCCCACUCCAGGAUCUGCUUCAACAUUGGCUGCCUGCACACCAUCCUGGGAAACAUGCCUGAGGCCGAGAAGGCCUUCACCAAAAGCAUUAACCGAGACAAGCACUUGGCCGUGGCCUACUUCCAGCGAGGGAUGCUGCACUACCAGAUGGAGAAAUACGAUUCUGCCAUUAAAGACCUUAAAGAGGCCUUGACUCAGCUUCGAGGGAACCAGCUGAUCGACUACAAGAUCCUGGGGCUCCAGUUCAAGCUGUUUGCCUGUGAGGUGUUAUAUAAUAUUGCUUUCAUGUUCGCCAAGAAGGAGGAAUGGAAAAAGGCCGAAGAACAUUUAGCGUUGGCUGUGAGCAUGAAGUCUGAGCCGAGACAUUCCAAAAUUGACAAAGCCAUGGAAAGCGUUUGGAAACAGAAGCUGUAUGAGCCGGUGGUGAUCCCUGUCGGCAGGCUGUUUCGGCCGAACGAGAGGCAAGUGGCUCAGCUGGCCAAGAAGGAUUACCUAGGCAAGGCCACGGUCGUGGCGUCUGUGGUGGAUCAAGACAGCUUCUCGGGCUUUGCCCCACUGCAGCCGCAGGCAGCCGAGCCUCCACCCAGGCCCAAAACCCCAGAGAUCUUCAGGGCUCUGGAAGGAGAAGCCCACCGCGUGCUGUUUGGGUUUAUGCCUGAGACACCAGAGGAGCUCCAGGUCAUGCCAGGGAACAUUGUCUUUGUCCUGAAGAAGUGCAACGAUAACUGGGCUACGGUCAUGUUCAACGGGAAGAAGGGGCUUGUUCCCUGCAACUACCUUGAACCAGUUGAACUUCGGAUCCAUUCUCAGCAGCAGCCCCAGGAGGAUGCCGCCCCAGAAUCUGAUAUCCCAGCUCCUCCCAGUUCCAGUGCUCCUGGAAGGCCCCAGUCAUCAGCAGGUCAGAAAGAACAAGAAGAGGCCAAGGAAGUCAGGCUCAGUGUUCCCAUGUCCUACACACUCAAGGUGCACUACAAGUACACGGUGGUCAUGGAGACUCAGCCCGGGCACCCCUACAGCCAGGUCCGGGACAUGGUGGCCAAGAAGCUGGCGCUCCUGCCCGAACACACUAAGCUGAGCUAUCGGCCUCGGGACAGCAAUGAACUGGUGCCCCUUACAGAAGAGAGCAUGAAGGAUGCCUGGAACCAAGUGAAGAACUACUGCCUGACUCUGUGGUGUGAGAACACAGUGGGUGAUGAGGGUUUUCCAGAUGAACCCAAGGAAAGUGAAAAAUCUGAUGCUAAUAGCCAGACAACAGAACCUCCCCUAAAGGAAGGGAGCCAAGUGGUAGCACUCUUCAGUUAUGAGGCUACCCAACCCGAAGACCUGGACUUUCUGGAAGGGGACAUCAUCCUGGUGAUAUCAACAGUGAAUGAAGAGUGGCUGGAAGGGGAGUGUAAAGGGAAGAUUGGCAUCUUCCCCAAAGCUUUUGUUGAAGAACGCGCAACCACAGAUUUGGAAAGCACUCCUGGAGUCUAGGAUGGUUCACAACAUACACAGUUGAAGGAAAGGUAGCACUAUUAGUUAUGAUUUAAUCCUGUAAAUCAUUUGCAGGAUUUAGCACGCCUCUGCAGUACUGUACAGAGACAUAAAUGGUUUGCAAAUGUUAACAUAUCUACUCUCCCCAGUGAAAACUUAACCUAUUAGACAAGGAUGUGAGAAUUUAUGAUGACUUCCCUGGGGCUAGGGAGGGGGGUGGUGGUUGGAAGUGUCCAGAAGGGCACCAGGGGUCUUCCAGGAGGCCAAUAAUCUGUUUCUUGCUCUGAGUGCUGGCUGCCCAGAUGUGUUCAGUUCAUGAAGAUUCACCGAGUUGUACACUUAUUGGUACACUUCUCUGUACAUAUGAUGCCUCAAUAAAAAACAAAGUAAUGAG